CCUUCACUGAUCUUCAUCACCAUCAAACAGGAUGGGAAAUUCGCAAGGCAGCGUCAUCGAGAAUGUCGACGUUCCAUACGGGUCAGAUGAAGCGCAUCAUAUGGACUUCUACCACGGGGCCGAGAGCAGCUCUAACUCGCGUCGAGCGCCUUUGCUCGUCUUCAUUCAUGGCGGAGCCUGGCGUACUGGCUCGCGCAAAGACCACAUCAAGAUGGCACGCAGCCUCGCUGCGCAAUCGGGAGCCGUGGUCGCCGUAAUCGAUUAUCGCUUGACCCUCCCCACAGCAGACUCCUCGGCCUCCUCGUCCAACGAGCACGUCGAGUUCACAAAUCGUCACCCCGCCCAUAUUGAGGACGUAUACGCAGCUUUGCGCUUCCUCCUCCUGCCGAAUAACGGAGGUAAGACCGCGGCAGAGCGCUUCGGGUAUGAUCCUAGCAAUGCAUUCCUGAUGGGCCACUCAGUUGGCGCAUGGAUGGCGGCUGCGGUUCUUCUCGAUCCCUGCCGUGCACCGCGAAAAGGGAGUGGUCAGGUCUGGCCGAGGCUUUGUCAGAACGAUGGCCAAGCCAGGGACCUCAGGAGAAGAAUCAAAGCUUACCUCUUAGUGGACGGGAUCUACUCUCUCCCCUCGCUACUGGACGAAUACCCAGACUAUCGCAGCUUUGUCGCGCAAGCUUUCCCUCUUGAGGAGGACCAGUACGGCGUGGAGCAAGAACAACUUGCGUCAGCCUCGGUUGAGACGUGGCCGUACGCCCCUGAUGGUGAGGAUGCGGCACACAGCGAGAGGAUCAAGGUUGGGAUUUACCAUUCUUUGGACGAUGAGCUGCUGAGCACAAGGCAGAGCGACGAGGCACUUGAAUAUCUCAAGCGCACAUGUCCAAGCAGAGCGCAGGUCUUUGACGUGCGCGCCCAUUGGGUAAGUAGGAGCGGCUUUUGACCGCUCGGUGUAGUCGAGCAAGCUGACACUCAUUCUCUCCUGGCCGCGUGCAAAAGGGCGGACAUGAUCCAAUGCUUGAAAAUGAGGAGUUUCUGGGCAGGAUAGCAGCAAUUAUCAAGGAGCAAAGUAAUGCGGUAUGAGUAGAUUCCCUG